UUCACUCUCAGGAGCCAGAGAACGUCGAAACACGAAGAAGAAGGCGCCGUUUUGGAACAGAAACGGGGCGUUUCGAAUGCCGUUUCGGUUGAGAAAACGGCGUCCGGCGAAAUGGAUAUUCGAAUUGCCGGUCAACGGGUUAAAAUCGGGUGGCAGAUGGCCUUCUCUAUAGCUGCCAAGUGUCUUCCAUAUAGAGAAGCUAUGGUAACCCGAGGUCACAGAGGAAGUUCCUCACAAGGUUCUUGCAUAGGGGAGAUGCAGCUAGCUUCCGAUAUAUCGGUAAUAAUCAGUGAAAUUCUGGAUCCAAGGACUAAAAAUUUAUUAUCCAUGUCAAAGGUUAGUGAUUACGUUUUAUCAAACGAGCUAGUCAGUAUGGCAUUAGCCAUGGUUGCGGAGGAUCGGCAAAUAAAUGAUGUACUGGAAGAGCUUUUUGCAGAAGAGGGAAAUGAGCUGCAUAUUCAGCAAGCGGAUCUUUACCUUCAUGAAGGUGAAGAACUGAGUUUCUAUGAAAUAAUCUUGCAAGCUCGGCAGAGGAGAGAGAUUGUCAUAGGUUACCGGUUAGGAAAUGCCGAGAGAGCUGUUAUCAAUCACCCAGCUAAACGUGAGAGAAGAAGAUGGUCAGAGAAGGAUGUAUUUGUGGUAAUCACAGAGAAGGAAUGAGAUGGUAGUUCUUUAUUAUGCUGACAUGUAAGAUUCCAUUUGAAAUCGCUGAAAAAUUGAAAUUCUUACACCUCGAAGUUCCCAAAUAUGAUAUGUGCACAUAACAUGCAGGUUGGCAAAUAUGAGAAAUCAAUGUGAAAAGUCUGGACACUAUCCUAGCUUCACAUUUCUCUUCCAAUUUGUAUUCACAGAAACCACUUGAGCAGUAUAUCAUCCCUCCUUGCUGUAUGUGUUGUUGUGAACAUGGUCUCAUCUAGUAAAUCAAUGGAUUCAGUAAUGAAUUCCGCAGCCUUAUUGUUACUCAUGGUUAGUAGUUUUCCUUUUCCCUUGUCCAUUAUGAAUCAAAUUUCACUGAACUUCUUUUCU